AUGCCUAUGGACCCCCAGGCGACGGCUCAGGCCAUUCAGGAGGCAACGAUAACUUUAACCCAAUUAGUGGCGGGUAUUCAAGGUCAAGUGCCCCAAGUAUCCGUGCAGAAGGAUGAAAUGGGGCGAGAGAGGACCCAGCGUCUAUGCCGCGGUGCAACUCAUCGGCCAACCGUUUCUAUGCCGGCCCUAGGACGGUGGGGUAAGAGGGUUGCUAUCCAACAGAGGUUGUGGCCACAACCAAAGGCCAAGGGGUCAUCCACCAAGGCACCGCCGCAACCAACGCCUUCGCAGCACCUUCUUUCUUCUUCUUCUUCUCUUCGCCUCACCGCCGAACAGCAACACCGCCUCACUGCCUCCACUUUUCAAUUAGGACUAGACUGGUCAACGCCAACUCAUGGCCCCAUCCGUAAGUCUAUUGGUGUUUUAGGCAGUUUACAUUCUACCAAGGCAUCUGCAAAAGAGGGGAGUGUUGCUUCAUAUGGUGGAAUCGGGCCAUCAAGACGCUGCAUUGUUCUGGACAUUGAAGGAACCACUACACCGAUAUCUUUUGUGUCUGAUGUUCUCUUCCCUUAUGGUCGGGAUAAUGUGGGGAGACAUUUGGAUAUCACAUAUAACACUGCGGAAACUCAGGAUGACAUCAAAUUACUGAGAGCUCAAGUAGAAGAAGAUUUACAGAAUGGGGUUGCGGGUGCUGUGCCCAUCCCGCACGAUGAUGCCGGGAAAGAAGAGGUAAUUGCAGCUCUGGUUACCAAUGUGGAGGCAAUGAUUAAAGCCGACCGCAAGAUUACUUCGUUAAAACAAUUACAGGGUCAUAUUUGGCGGACUGGUUUUCAGCAUAACAAGCUAGAGGCAAUUGUUUAUGAUGAUGUGCCCGAAGCUCUAGAGAAAUGGAACGCAUUGGGCAUCAAGGUCUACAUAUAUUCAAGCGGUAGCAGAUUGGCACAGAGGCUCUUAUUUGGCAACACAAAUCACGGGGACCUGAGAAACUUCCUGUGUGGAUUUUUUGACACAACAGUGGGGAACAAGAAGGAAAUGAAAAGUUACAUCGAGAUCAUAGAGUCUUUGGGAGUGGAUAACCCAUCCGAGAUUUUAUUCGUGAUAGAUGUCUAUCAAGAAGCAACUGCAGCUUUGGAUCAAUUUAUGAAGAGAAGUUUGAACAAGCCAUCCAGAGUCCUGGUCCAAUGUUACUGGAGAUAGAAGAAGGAGAUACCAAAGCUAUUGUUGCAUACUUGAAUGUUCUACAAAAGGUUGUUGAAAAUGCUAAUCCCAUUGAAUGAAAGAAUUGGUUUGCUGAUAUUUAGCCAUUAUGCAAACUAUUUAUAUCUUUCAUCUUUAUGAUAUUUUUCUGUCCAUUUUACCACAGGAUGCCGCUAUUGAGUUAAGCUCCUGAUUAUCUUGUAUACUUUCUAUUUGACAUGGUGUUUUGUGAAAUACAA